AUGCAAAACGGGGGAGGGAGCCAGAGUGCUAGCGGCGCUGUGGCGGCUAGUGGCAGUGAAGGGAUGGAACUGCGUGAGAGUCUACCGAAGGUUUUGGCGGGGGGGCCGGGGGGUGGGGUCGAGGCCUUGUCAGAAGGUCACGCGACAUCGGAGGGCAGUGCAGAGUCUGCCAAGCGGCUCAGAAACGGGGCCUCAGGUGCAAGCGGAAUGCACGCUGAGAGCCAACGAGAAGAGACAAAACACGCAGAGCACCCCGUUUCGAAACCGGGGGCUCCGUCCGCAGCUUUACCACCCCCCCCGAAAGCUGCCCAGGAAGCUCCCCCAGCGGGCGGCGCUCAGGCCGAGCCCGAGAAACCACACCCUCUUCCCGAAAAGGGGGGUCCGUCUAGCCCGGCCCCAACCCCCCAGACUGAAUCCGAGCCUGAACACCAAAAACCAGGGGGUGCGUCUGGCCCCUCCUCGACCCCCCGGAACGUGUCCGAGUUGACCGAGUCCCUCCUGGCGAUCGAGAAGGACGCCCAGAUGGUCGACGUGGCAGACGUGCUGAGUCAGCUGGUGACGGCAUGCACCCCAAUCGCGCAGUACAAGCAGCUGACGCUGGAGCACGUGGGGCCCCCACCUGGCGCCCUGCCGUUGGUUGCUGCGGAGCCACACGCGGUGCGCCAGGUGCUUAGCAUCGUGCUGGAUAAUGCGCUCAGAUAUACGCAGCGUGGCGGCUGGGUGCGCUGCGAACUGGUGGACGCGUCGGGCGCCGGCGUGUUCAUGCGGGUGGAGGACGACGGACCCGGAAUGAACCUCCUGGCUCAGGCGCAGGCGUUCGUCCCGACUCCCGAGGUGCAGCUCACCUCCGGGGGGGGCCAGCUGCCCGCCCAGUUGGAGAGCCAAAGGCAGAGCAGCGGCCUGUCGAUUGCCCGGGACUUGGUGGAAAUAAUGGGGGGGGUGAUGCGGAUACGGUCUCCUCGGGUGGCAGACGCUCCGGUCGGGCACUGGGGCACAAAUGUCGAGAUCUGGUUGCCGACCGGGAAGGAGAAGGAGGGGGAGACCGGGGAAGGGGACCCUGUGCUUGCUGGCAGCAGCAGUGGCCAGGUCUGUGAAUAGAAUGGAAGGCACAGUUGCUUGUCAACAAUGUGUUCGGCUAUGAUGAGCUGUUUGACCGGGUCUCGUUUCUGCCCUCGAGUUCAUGGUUGAUCGAUUUGAAGAAGGUAGGAUCUCGUCACGAG